AUGGAUUCCAAUCCAUUUAUGCAUACAGGAAACUUUGUUGAUCUACUUAGUCAACAAAGUAUUUCUUUUGCUAACUAUGAAGAUAUCUCAACUCUGUCUUCAUCUCAACUUCCUUCUCUUCACAGGGAUGAUGUAGGUGAGCGUCGGGAACGGAAGACGUGGACUCCUACUGAUGAUAUUCUGGUGAUCAGCUCGUGGCUCAACACCAGCAAAGAUCCAGUGGUUUCGAACGAGCAAAAAGCAGGCACCUUCUGGAAAAGAGUUGCAGCCUGUUUCAACGCGAGUCCAAAGGCAGCUGGGGGAGAGGAGAGAACGCCUAAUAACUGUAAGCAGCGUUGGCACAAGAUCAACGACUUGGUCUGCAAAUUCUGUGGCGCGUACGAAGCUGCAACUAGGGAGAAAACCAGUGGCUGCAAUGAGAAUGAUGUCCUGAAGAGAGCUCAUGAGAUUUACCACAACAACCUUAAGAAGAAAUUCACUUUGGAGCAUGCUUGGAAGGAACUGCGAAACGACCAGAAGUGGUGCGAAGUUGCAAGUGCCAGAAACGAGGGAAGCUCUAAGAAAAGGAAGUGGGAAGACGCUGAAGUCUCAUCAGCCUCUCAACCAUCUGAAAGCAAGCGUCCCGCUGGUGUUAAAGCAUCAAAGGCCCGUGGGAAGGCGACUGUGGCUGAGGAGGCUCUCACGAAUGGGUUUCAAAGUAUGUGGGACAUUAAACAGAAGGAUUUGGAAGUGAAGGAAAGGUUGUCGAAGAUGAAGAUACUUGAGUCUAUUAUUGCAAAGACAGAACCGCUAGCUGAGUAUGAGGAAGCCUUCAAGAAGAAGCUCAUCAGUGGAGUCAAGUGUCACGGAGUGGAGCAUUGUGUCACAGGGUCAAGUCUCACGGAGUCUACUGUCGAGUGGAGCAAUCAGACUUUCGACAAAUUCUCCAAUGCCUAUGGUGAUCAAGAAAAAGAGAAAAAACGAAGGAAACAACGAGCUUACUUCGAAAGAAAUCGCGAAGAAGGCGAUUUACGUUUAUGGAAUGAUUAUUUCAGCGACACUCCAACAUAUCCUCCAAAUCUAUUCCGACGACGAUUUCGAAUGAACAAACAUUUAUUCAUGCAUAUUGUUCAGCGACUCUCUAACGAAGUUCAAUUUUUUCAACCAAAAAAAGAUGCUCUCGGAAGGGUUAGUCUCUCUCCACUUCAGAAGUGUACAGCAGCCAUUCGUAUCUUGGCAUAUGGGAAUGCGGCUGAUGCGGUCGACGAAUACCUCCGCCUCGGUGCAACUACAACUCGGUCGUGUUUGGAACAUUUUGUGGACGGAAUAAUUUCUUUAUUCGGUGAAGAGUACCUGAGAAGACCAACACCUGCUGAUCUUCAACGUUUACUUGAUAUUGGUGAAUAUCGUGGAUUUCCCGGGAUGGUAGGAAGCAUCGAUUGUAUGCAUUGGGAGUGGAAGAAUUGUCCCACCGCUUGGAAAGGGCAAUAUACUCGGGGUUCAGGUAAACCAACAAUUGUUUUAGAGGCGGUUGCUUCAUAUGAUCUCUGGAUAUGGCAUGCAUUUUUUGGACCUCCAGGUACCUUAAAUGAUAUCAAUGUUCUUGAUCGCUCACCUGUUUUUGAUGACAUAAUAAAUGGUCAAGCUCCGCAAGUCACAUACUCUGUCAACGGAAGAGAGUAUCAUUUGGCUUACUAUCUAACUGAUGGUAUCUAUCCGAAAUGGGCAACUUUUAUCCAAUCCAUUCCAUUACCACAAGGCCCAAAAGCGGUUUUAUUUGCUCAACGUCAAGAAGUUGUCAGAAAAGAUGUCGAGCGUGCUUUUGGAGUCCUGCAAGCUCGUUUUGCCAUUGUUAGAAACCCAACUCUUCUUUGGGACAAGGAAAAAAUCAGCAACAUUAUCAGAGCAUGUAUCAUACUACACAAUAUGAUAGUGGAAGAUGAACGAGAUGGAUACACUCAAUACGAUACAUCUAUAUUUGUAGAAGGAGAAACAAGCAGAAGUUCAGAGGUGGAUUUCUCAGUGAACUUCGCGACCAAAGGAUACAUGAACGAUUGA